AUGAGCAAAGUAUCCACCCCUCCAUCCGGUAGCAUCGACGCCAUGGAAAAGGUUGCUAUCCCAGAGCCAAUUGAACGUGCCGCAACACAUGAUAAAGUACAAGGUCACAGCAACUAUGACGAGAAAGAUGGUUUGCGAACUUAUGGAGAUGUGGAAGAUCAUAACCAUGAACCUAAAAUGACUGUUCGACGCUUCAUGAGUCUUGUAGCCAUGGCUUUUUUGUGGACUGGAUCGCAGAUUCCAGUUUAUAUUUUCGGUGCCAUUCCGCCCUAUAUUUAUUCCGAGAUCGGAGGUGUUGAUCGUUGGAUAUGGUUUGUCCUUGCAAAUCUCCUUUCUUUAGCGGGAGUGUGUCCAUUUGUUGGAAGUCUCUCUGAUAUUCUCGGGCGUCGAUAUGUCGCACUUCUGGGAGCAAUUUUCAUUAUCAUUGGCAUGAUUGUGUGUUCAACUGCUCAUACUAUGAAUGUAUUCAUUGGGGGAAUGGCUAUCGCGGGUAUUGGAGCCGGCAUUAAUGAAGCGAUCAAAAGGCGCAAGCUUACAUUAGCUAGACUCACUGCUUUAGCAGCAACCUCCGAGCUAGCACCUGUAUCAAAACGCGGAAAAUAUGUUGCCAUCCUCGUUUUCACCAUCAUUCCAUUCUGUCCCUCGGUGAUGUGGGGCCAACUCAUCGCCUCGCAUGGAGGGUGGCGUUGGUGCGGUCUGUUGUGCGGAAUAUGGGCCUUUAUAGGCUUUGCCCUGACUCUCACAUGCUAUUUCCCCCCUCCCCGGGUCAACUCCAUAGGUCUAUCUAACAGAGAAAUCAUACGACAAAUUGACUUUGUGGGAGGAUUCUUGAGCAUUCCAGGAAUGAUUUUAUUUAUGGCUGGCAUGCAAUGGGGUGGCUAUCAAUACAAGUGGACUUCAGCACAUGUCCUGGCACCUUUACUCCUAGGCGCCGCCUUGCUUGCUGCUUUCUGUUUGUGGGAGGUAUAUGGGACGAAGUAUCCUAUGUUUCCAGCUCGUUUGAAACAAGCACCUAGAAUUCUGGUCUUGACACUUGUCAUUACAUUUAUAUCUGGUGCUAAUUUCUUUAGCAUCAUUAUGUUCUGGCCGACCCAGGCUUUCAAUGUAUAUGGACAUAAUCCUGUUGGUGUGGGUGUUAGAGGAAUACCCGUUGGCUUCUCAAUUCUGGCUGGAGCUUGUAUAGUGCUGUGGUUACUAAGUGUGCUUCGGGGAAGAAACAAGGAAUUGAUGAUCGCAAGUUCAAUAUUGAUGACGGCUGGAUGUGGUGCGCUUGCAUGCGCCACUAGACACAACCUUUCCACACUUUGGGCUCUCCUCAUCAUCGCUGGGUUGGGAAUUGGUGGCAUCGUCGUGCCAGCUUCGAUAAUAACCACAAUCAUCUGCCCCGAUGACUUAAUCGCAACCAUUGCCGCCCUUACCCUCUCCAUCCGAGUAAUCGGUGGCAGUGUAGGCUAUUGUGUCUACUACAACAUUUUCGUAAGUAAAUUUGUUCCUGCUGCGACUCUGAACAUCGGAGGGGUUAUGGCUCGAGAACUCAAUAUCACAAACAAAACUCUUAUAGUAGAAGCCAUCCACUACACGGCCGCCUCUCUCUUACCAUUGCUCAAGACGAUUCCAGGUAUUGCUGGGAAUGAGACCGCGUAUCAGAUGGUGGUGAUCGCGGGACAAGAAGCGUAUGCUGAAAGUUAUGUCUAUGUGUACUAUGCAAGCACUACGUUUGGAGCUGUAAGUAUUCUGGCGGCUUGUUUUUUGGGUGAUAUCAAUGCGUAUAUGGACGAUCAUGUGGCGGUGAUAAUGUAG